AUGCGUCUCCCAUGGUUGGCCCUCUGCCUGGCCGUUGCCUCCGCAACGCCCACCAAGUUUCACCAACUCCGCCUUCCUUUUGUUCCUUCGCCCGAUGACAUCGAAACCGGCGUCAAAUCACUUCUGUCCAUUGACUGGGCCAUCAAAGAUGGCAGCCUCUACGCCAACAACGACCAAGUCUACCCCCCAUCAACAACAAUGCAACUCACAGCGCCUCUCUACCAAGCCUCUCAUCCCACCCAGAGUGAAAAAUCCGUGGAAUUGACUAAAAUCACUAGAAUAAAGAAGAUAGUUUCGGGGUUUGCUUCGUUUGUUUGGUUGUCGGGGCUUACUCAAGUCCAAUAG